CUUUCCCGCCAGACUAAUCUUAAUUGCCUCGAUGCCACGCAGCUCCCUAUGUACUUUGCUUUCUUCGCAUAUGUGAGGUACACGCAAGCAAUCUACGAGGAUCUGAAUGUCAAAGAGGCAUGCAUUUUAUGUUUUACACCCAAGACGAGAGACUUUUGAGGGAGUCUGAUCCUCUCGCUGCUUUUCUUCUCAAAAGGCAUAAUUUCUCAUUACGCACGGAACAGUUCGACUGGCAGCCGACGGUGCGAAAUCAUCACUACUUGGCACCGGAACUGGGAUAAUACACCAUGCUAGAAGACGUGGUCCUGCUUACACAGUUACCCUCGGACGCCUGGUUCGAGGGCUUCGCUCAGCGGCCAAACGGUCAGCUUCUCAUCACAAGACUAGACCAGCCGGAGCUGUACACAUUGGAUGCGGAGGACCAGGACGCAGAGCCGCAGCUGCUGCACACAUUCAACGAUGCCAAUUCGGCAAUUAACCUGUGCCCAAUAAAGGGGAAGAGCGAUGAGUACGUCGUAAUUACCGGCAUGCUGGACCUGGCCACCGUUCAUUUCUCAGAUCACGUUGCAUGGCACGUAACACUGGAGGAUGGGCAGGAUCCGAAGGUCCAGAGAAUAGCCCAACUGAAUGCUGCAGCGGCAAUCGGGUUGGUUGCGGCGUCGGAGCGCGUGUUGUUGAUCGCGGAUUCACUUCGAGGGGCUAUCCUGCGGUUUGACAUUUUAAGCGGCGACACAUCGGUACUAGUAGAAGAGGAUGCGCUACGUCCUGUUGACGAGAGUCCCUAUGGAAUCAAUCGGUUGCGACUAAUUGACGAUUUUCUCUGGUUCACGAACAACGGAGCCGGCACUUUGAAUCGGUUCCCUCUCAGAUACACGGAAGGCCAGAUUGAGAUGGCAGGGCCGAUCGAGGUCAUUUCAGAUGACAUACCUCAUUGUGAUGGACUGGCCGUUAGCCAGGAUACAGAAACUGCGUAUACCGCAAGCUACAUGGACGGGUUGCUGUGGAAACUAGACAUCGACUCAGGGAGCGGGAAGUCGGAGCGGAGCACCAUUUUGGAGAACCUCGUGAGCCCGACAGCGGUGGAGAUGAUGGACAGCCACGGAAAGCAGAAAAUAUUUGUCGUGUGUAGCGGCGAGAUCGAGGUCGGCUGGGUCAACUCGACUGACAAGACGUCAUGGAGCGAGUUCCGGGACCUAUCCCUGAACGCGCAAGUUUCGGUCACUGUAACAACAGAGGUGGUGGAAGAUGCGUGACGGAGUCUUCUGACUACAUAUGAUUCACAGCGAAUCUGCCCAUGUUACUAGCCCUUAUUUAGUUCUACGAUCAAACCGUCUCAUUUGUCUUGUUACGUGAUCUAAGCUUCUGGCCCAUGUCUACAGAAAGUUCCGACCGCAGCGCUCUUCGGUGUAUUUCCUCGUCGAGCAUCAUGCGAUCUCGGCAACAUUGCCGCAAACUGCAAAGAAUAUCCAUGGAUAGUUCGGCCGAUGCAAAAUGCCAACUGCCGAGAGCAUUU